AUGAUCAGCGGAAAGGUGUAUCUGCAGAGUUCUGAAGAUGAACUUUCUCUGAGGAAACUUCUGUAUGAUGCUGUGAUAUUAGUGGAGUACUCUUUCCUCAAUCCUGAUAAAGUAAUUCAUGUACUUGCUAAACAUAUAAAAAGUCUUGCCAUUAGAAGAGUGGUAGUUACUCACAAAGCGACAGAGUUAUUUAGGAAAGAAGGGGAUCAGACAAAAGCUAUCUCUUACAUUAAUGCCUUCUCUGGUUCUCAAUUGCCUUCCCAACUAAUUAAGUUGGUCACAAGUGAUGUUCACGUGGACAGCAAAGCUGGUCAACCAAAGGGAUUGUCACCCAAGGCACUUUUAAAAUGGUUAUUCAAGUUGGAGGAUCUAGGGAUCCGAGUAUUGGAUGAUGGAAUUGCUGAAAACCAUUCCAGAUUAAUUCUUGAUAUGCCAGAAUUCGAACAUGAGCAACAAGCAUAUAACACGGAGAGGACAAAACCAGAUGCUGAUCUCUUCUGCAUUGACAACAAGGGGGAAGAGGAAGAUGGGAGCCAGGAUGAUGAAAAGACAAACGAGUCCAUGAGUGCCGCAUUUGUUGCUGCUGCGCACACUCUGACAUCAUCAACAGAAAAUGGUAGAAAGAGGAAAGAAAAGGGUAGUGUUGAAAAGAAAAAACGUGUGAAAUUUCUGAAGUACAACCUUUCUAACAAUACUGGUUCAUCGGGAGAGAAGUCCACGUUUCUCAGAAACUCUGGAUCAAGCAGUGGAAGCGAGGUUGAUGAGAAUCCACGCUCGGAUGAAGAUGUUGAAGAAAAGGAGAAUUGAGGACCUUUUUGGCUAUUACUUUGAUUUGGUAUCUGAUGUCUAGCCAUGCAGAUUUUUUCAUGGUUGGCCAAUUGACAAGAAGCAGGGGCGGCCUUAUAUACGGGAAGUAUCUUGUAGUUUCCCAAUCAUUUGUCGGUAUAAUUUAUGACAUUGUUAGGAAUUAAUAGUGUCUGAUUCAACCAUAAGAAAUGCUGGCCAAUGAGGUUGAGAAAUCAUUUUUUGUUGUGUUUGAUCUCAAGGAUCUUAACAAACAUUUAAGAACUCUGUUGCAAUCUUCUUUCUGCUGAAGCCAGUUCUGUAAUAGAAGAGCUCAAAGUUUAUUUCGGCCUAUUGCAGAAUUGCCCCAGAGCUUAGCUUUUGUUUGGAAUGGAAAUGGCUUUCUUCCAAGAA